AUGAAAGCUCUUUAAAACCCCAUAGAAGAUUUACAAAAGAUCCUUCUAAAGCUGAUCAGAAGACUGAGGUAAUUUAGUAAAGUUUAAGCAAAAAUGUGGAUAAAGUUUAUGAUAAUAUUCAGAGAGAUAAAGAAUACUAAACAUUAUUUCUCAUUUGGGUUUAAACAAGAAGAAAGCACCAUUCCAGUCUUCGACAAGAUAAGGUUAUCUUAAUCUAGAAUCAUACUUUAUAAACCACAAUAAUGUCAAGAAAGAGGAACAAGACAUAUUAAUUGUUAAAGCUAAAGAGUUAUUAUCUAAACCUGUUAAGAGAAAGCACAUCAGAUCAGAAUCCCAAUUAGUCCAAAAGAUCCCAGAAUAAUAUGAUAUGCUCAAAUAAUAUGCUGACGAAAACAGUGGCUAUGAUCAUAUUCAGCUCAGUUUAGUGAAGUUAUAAGAACAAUACUAGGUCAUUUCAUGA